AUGGUCUCUGCAUCCUCUUAGCCUGGGAGCAGAGGAUUCUCGCAGGUAGUUGGAGAUUGCUGCAGACCUUCAGGGGAGCUCACUUAAACUGCUCCUUGCUCAGGCUCCCGCUGGCAAAGUAGUAAGUGAGGGUGCCAAAACAGAAUGAGCUACUUUGUGGAUUCAGCCAUGGGUAGCCCUGUCCCUCACUCUGUGCCUCGUCCUGCAGUGGCGAGGCAGGGACCUGUCAACACUUGUGAAGAUCCUCGAAUGACCUAUGGUUUCCAGUUCAAUUAUCACCAGCAAAGACCCCUCUACCCAUUUUGGGAUGAGACAGCCACUCAGGAAGUUCCUACUGGUCUGGAACACUGUGUCUCAGAUAUGGAAUGUGCAGAUGUCCCACUCUUAACUCCAAGUAGCAAAGAAAUGAUGUCUCAAGCAUUGAAAGCUACUUUCAGUGGUUUCACAAAAGAGCAACAGCGACUGGGAAUCCCCAAAGACCCCCGGCAGUGGACGGAAACCCAUGUACGGGAUUGGGUGAUGUGGGCUGUGAAUGAGUUCAGCUUGAAAGGUGUGGACUUCCAGAAGUUCUGCAUGAAUGGGGCAGCCCUAUGUGCUCUGGGUAAAGAUUGCUUCCUCGAGCUGGCUCCAGACUUUGUUGGGGACAUUCUAUGGGAACAUCUAGAGAUCCUGCAGAAAGAGGAUGUGAAACCAUAUCAAGUUAAUGGUGCCAACCCUACCUAUCCAGAAUCCCGCUAUACCUCGGAUUACUUCAUUAGCUAUGGUAUUGAGCAUGCUCAGUGUGUUCCACCCUCGGAGUUCUCAGAGCCAAGCUUUAUCACUGAAUCCUAUCAGACGCUCCAUCCCAUCAGUUCUGAGGAACUCCUGUCCCUCAAGUAUGAGAAUGACUACCCCUCUGUCAUCCUCCGGGACCCUCUUCAGACAGACGCCUUGCAGACAGAUUACUUUGCCAUCAAGCAGGAAGUUCUAACUCCAGACAAUAUGUGCAUGGGGAGGACCAGUCGUGGUAAACUCGGGGGCCAAGAUUCUUUUGAGAGCAUAGAGAGCUACGAUAGUUGUGACCGCCUUACCCAGUCCUGGAGCAGCCAGUCAUCUUUCAACAGUCUGCAGCGUGUUCCUUCCUAUGACAGCUUCGACUCUGAGGACUAUCCCGCUGCUCUGCCCAACCACAAGCCCAAGGGCACUUUCAAGGACUAUGUGCGUGACCGUGCUGACCUCAACAAGGACAAGCCUGUCAUUCCUGCUGCUGCCUUGGCUGGCUACACAGGCAGUGGACCCAUCCAGCUGUGGCAGUUUCUUCUGGAAUUACUCACUGAUAAGUCCUGUCAGUCUUUUAUCAGCUGGACAGGAGAUGGCUGGGAAUUCAAGCUUUCUGACCCAGAUGAGGUGGCAAGGAGAUGGGGAAAGAGGAAAAACAAACCUAAGAUGAAUUAUGAGAAACUGAGCCGUGGCCUACGCUACUAUUAUGACAAAAACAUCAUCCACAAGACGGCGGGUAAACGCUACGUGUACCGCUUCGUCUGUGACCUGCAGAGCCUGCUGGGGUACACCCCUGAGGAACUGCACGCCAUGCUGGGCGUGAAGCCCGACGCCGAUGAGUGACAGACAAGGGGGCGGCCAGGGAACUGCUGAGGCCUUUCAAAGAACAGCCCUGUUGGUCGAACUCUUUUCAUUUUCAGUUGUUACUCUGUUUUAUUUUCCAGAACUCAUUUUUCACAUUCAGGGGUGGGAGCUAAGGAAGCUGCAGCUGUAAUCCAUUGGCAAGGUUGGAAAGAGAAAUCCAGGCCCUGUGGGUGGGUGGGGCAAGAAGUUCUUGAGCACAUUUUCAGAAGCAAGAGAAGGGUCUUAAAAGAUUGAAGGAUCUGGCUGAUGGAAAGAAAAACUCAUGUGUCUAGUCAUUUUUAAAAAUCAUCACAUCUUGAAUUAUGUACCCAUCAGCAGGAGAAAUUGUCCAAUCAAGAGUUAUGAGAUGGUGAAAGGCUUUUAACUUGGAGGGUGGAAUAAAAACAUUCUCUUCAGGGGGAUGCACUAAAAGUAAGAAACAUUUACCUUUCACUCUACUUUUGAGACAAAGAUGGACUUCAUUGGGGAGGGGCCAGACUGGUUUUUUGUUAAAAGUUAUUUUAUUAAAAUUUGUGCCAGUAUUGAUUUUCUUAAAAAUUGUCGGAAACUCUAAGGUGGUCUCAGUAUUGCAGUGUCAUGUGAGUUGGUUCUUAUUUGCUGGCUGAGGACUCUGUCACAGUGGAAGAAAACUGUUUAUAUAGACCCCAUGGGAAAAGCAAGGCUCUGUCACUGAGAUCAGGGAUCCCAAAUUCAUGUGACUUAUAUAUAGGUGUAUGUAAAGAGAAUAUGAAUUCUGAUUUGUGUACAGGGGAACUGUGCAUGUGAAUUUCAUCUGUAGUUUGAAAACUUAUCACAUCCCUUUCCUUGCCAUGAGAGGAUUACUGGGGUUUAGACUUAGUGUUAUCUAAAAUACGUUAAGUCUUUGCGCUGAAUGUAUUUUUGCAGCCAUGAUUUUGGAUUGUAGUCAACAUAGGAGCACUGUUAAAGUCUUGGAAAGGAAGGAGGAGGAGGAACAUUAGCCUGGUCUUGGUUAAUUCUCUACCUGUAGCAUAGAUGACUUGGAAUAAAAGGAGUGUGCAUGGGCAUUACCCCUCAGGUCUUAAGAAAUAAGUCCUGAAAGCAUGUCAUUCCAAACUAAUACUUUAUAAUUUCUGCUUCAUGUCUUAUUUUCCCAGCACCCCACACUCACAUCCCCCUCCCCAUUAUUCAGCAGAGAAGAAUGUAAUGCUCGCUGGAAAGCGAAUGAAAGUGGAACUUCAGACACCACAGUAUGAGUUGAAGAGUAGAGACUUGCUGGGUUUUAGGAGCUGUGGAGAUGAAGCGAAGACUUCAGUAGAAUGGGGCCUGGCCUGCCUUAGGAAGAAAUGUUCAGGCCUUCCUUUGAAGAAGCGGAGCUAGUCAGAUAGGGUGCCGGGUGAGACUGCGUGAAGAGGAUGUGGUGUAGACGAUGCUGAUGCCGAGCCUUGUGCUUGAGCUGUUAUCUCGGCAGAGGGCAAGUAAAGUUGAGCUGCACAGCAGAGGAAUGACUUGGGAAAGAGAAUGCAAGGAAGGAGCAAGGUAAUUGAGCUGUCUCUUGAGAUUUGAAAAUUUAUGUAUAUGUAUUUGUGUGUGUGUGUGUAUGUGUGUGUAUAUAUACAUAUAUAUAUAUACACACACAUACACACACACACACAUACAUACAUACAUACAUAUUCAUAUUAAUUCCCCAAAAGCUUAAAUACAGAGUCAGUAGAAGCAGUCAUCUUUCUGCUGGUUGUGAGAGAUCUGAAAUGUAAUAUUGAGGCAAAAUCAUUAGAAUUCUUCCUUAUUUAUAUGCAUGAUCAGUUAAAACCAUGACAGCAAACUUCCAUGAAGAGAAGAGAGGCAAUUGAGUCUGGAGUCUCAGGGCUGGCCCUUUGGGGGUUAUAGCUGAAAAGGGGAAGUAGUAACUACCUUUUACCAUAUCUUCAUGAGAGUUUAUGGCUGGCUACUUUGAGAUUUCCUUGAAGACCCAGAAUUUUUAGGAACAUAGCCCUCUGUGAUUCAAGGGUGUUCCCAUACUGACCAAUCAGAGCAUCCACCAGGAAGCAAAGGCAGGACACAUCAGCUGGAUAUUUUGAUCUUAGGAAGCAGGUGCCUUAAUGAAGCUCUCAAAAUAUUUUAGAGCUGCUCAGGGAAUGUUAGAUGAGGCCGUUUGGAUUAUAUUGCUUUCUCUUAUAUUAUGUGAUUUUUUUUAGGGGCACUGGUAUGUGUGUGUGUGUGUAUGUGUGUGUGUGUAUGUGUGCAUGCAUGCAUGCGUGUGUGUGUGUGUGUGUGUGUGUGUGUGUGUGUGUGUGUGUACACAUGUAAAACUGCAGCUGAAAUAAUACCUGACUUUUCUAGGUAAGUCUGUCUACAUUUCUAUAAAGGGUGAGAGUAGAACCAAGGCCGGGUAUCAGUCACUGCUUGCUUGCUAUUGUGACCAGGCUUACAAUCCCUCUGUGAAGGCAUCAUCCUCUCUUAAUAAAUUCACGUUGAAAACUCCCUUUCUGUGAGUCUAACAUCUGCAGUCUCUGUAGCAGAACAGAUUUUUUUUUUUUUUUUGAAGUGCCUCCUAGCACUUUUCAGCCUGCUUGCUUACGAAGUAAGGUGCCCUUUUUCCCUUGGUCCACCAUUUUCAGGAUCUGUAGAUAGUGCUUUAGUCAAAUAGCUUUGUCGUUCAUCUGGCCCCAUGCAUUUUCCCCUUUUGUUCAAAGGCUAGAGACCAUCCCAGGAAGAGUGGCGGGUGGUUUAUACACUGGAAAUGUAGCAGCGCUGUUGCAUUGAUGCUUUUUCAAAACAUGUUAACUUCAGAGGAAGGAUGGGCAAAUCUGUUCUAGCUGGGUGCCACCCUUGUUUUCCCAGAAAUGCCUCAACCUGUGUGGGUUUUGGUUUUGGGGCUCAGAGUCACUUUUACUUGUAUUUGCAACUCUGUCCAAGGGAGGGACUUCUCCGCAUAGAGCCUUAGUUCUGUGGCUGUGGGGAUUUGGUGGCAUUCAAAGAUCAGAUGUGCUUUUCCUCACUUUGGAGACCAACACUCUGGGUUUUAAAGCAUUAAGCUGCCUAACCUUCAUGGUGAAAAUACGCCUUUUCUCUUUAGUCAUGCUGUGCAUACUUUCUCUGUUGGGGUCUAUAUAAAUUUGUUGAACUUUUACAUACAUUCCAAAGACGUUUCAAGGAACCAUAAAUAUAUGUAUACAUAUAUAUUAAAAUGAAAUUAUCUCUAUCAGGAAUACUGCCUCAGUUAUUGAAUUUUUUUAAGAAUACUUUUUUUUUAAGCUAAGAAGUAUUAGGGUGAAAAAGAUGUUAUAUUGUGUUUGACUAUUUUCCAACUUGUAUUUUCAUAUAAUUUAUAUUUUUUAAAUGCUGAAAAUUUAAAAGCAAGAUAAAAAAAGGAAAAGCAGGUGCUUUUUAAAAAUCAGAACUGAGGUAGCUUAGAGAUGUAGCGAUGUAAGUGUCUUAUAUGUUUUUUUUUUAAUAAAACAAAUGCAAAAAAACUUCUUAUGGGGGAUUUUUUUGUUUGUUUAUUUUAGUAGCUGAUGCUGGCACAUCAUUUUGCUGGAAAGUUUUUAUAUACUGUAGCCUGAUUUCAUAUUGUAUUUUAAACUGUGUGAAAUUAAAGACAAAGAAAUCCAUUCAUAA